AUGGCUUACGAAAACUCCCUCGACGAGAAGAAGGACCUCAAGUUUGACAACCACACAGACAAGAUUGAGGAUAUCUCUGAGUCAGAACACGCACAGCACCUCGCUGAGCUCUCGAGUAUCGAGGCUACAGCGGCAUCAAAGGCUGCUUGGUUGAUUUCCAUCACUGUCUCACUGGGAGGAUUGCUCUUCGGUUACGACACUGGAUACAUUUCCUCCGUCCUUGUCACCAUCGGCACAUCCCUUGGCCAUGAGCUUACCUCUUCUGAGCAGGAGCUUGUCACUUCGCUCACAUCUGGUGGUGCCCUCGUUGGCGCUGUCAUCGCUGGUUUGAUCGCUGACAAGCAUGGUCGCAAGACGCCUAUCUGGCUCGCUUGCAUUGUCUUCGUCAUUGGAACUGUUCUGCAAACCGCCGCAUACCACCUUCCCCAGUUCGCCGUUGGCCGCUUUGUCGUUGGUCUUGGUGUUGGCAGCGCAGCCAUGGUGGUUCCUCUUUACAUCUCCGAGUUAGCCCCUGCGAAGUACCGCGGCCGUAUGAUUGCAUUCAACAACAUGUCCGUCACGUUCGGUCAGUUCAUCGCCUCUGGAAUUGGUGCUGGGUUUGCGCAAGUCGGUGGGGAGGGCUCACAGGCAUGGAGGGCCACAGUUGGCAUCGGUGCCGCACCCGCCAUCUUGCUCGCCGGUCUUCUCUUCAUGUGCCCUGAGUCUCCUCGUCAGCUUGUCGCACACGGAAAGGUCGAUGAGGCCAGCGUUGUUCUCACACGCAUCUACCCUACCUCGACCGAGGAGCAGCGCCGUGCAAAGAUCCACUCGAUUGAGAUGAGCAUUGCAGAGGCUACUCAGACAAUGGUUGACGACUCCGUCUUCAAGACAUUGGCACGCAUCUUCACCACCGCCGCCACCUUCCGCGCCGUGUUCACCGCCUGCACCAUCAUGGCCAUCUCCCAGCUCAGCGGUUUCAACACACUUAUGUACUACAGCGCCACCCUCUUCAAGAUCGUCGGAUUCAACAACGCCACCGCUGUUGCCAUCACCGUCUCAGCCACCAACUUCAUCUUCUCGCUCGUCAACCUGAUCAUCGUCGACAGGUUCGGUCGCCGCAAGAUUCUUCUCGUCACCAUUUUCGGCAUGUCUGUUUGCUUGGUCGUCGCCGCCGUCUCGUUUGCCUACAUCCCGAUCGAUCUUCAUACCCUCGAGGUCCAGAGCGACGAGAUCGGCUGGCCGGGAAUGCUCCUCAUCGCCGUCAUCAUCAUCUUCGUCGGUUUCUACAGCUCCGGAGUUGCCACCGUUGCCUGGAUCGGAACUGAGCUCAUUCCAAUGGAAGUCCGUGCUGUUGGCACCAUGCUCAACACCGUAACAUGCUGGUCCACCAACAUCAUCAUCGCAUCCACCUUCCUCACCAUGAUGAAGGGUAUCACUCCAUCUGGCGCCUUCGGUUUCUACGCCGGAAUCUGCUUCGUCGGCUGGCUGUUCGUCAUCUUUUGCUUCCCCGAGGUCAAGGGCAUGCCGCUCGAGAACAUCCGCCAGGUCUUUGAGCACGGCUUUGGCGUCCGCUAUGCGCGCAAGUGGCAGAAGGAGAACAAGCAGUUUGCAAAGAUCAAUGCUGCGAACCAGGGCCCUGUUAUGGGCCACUAG